CAGGAAUGUAAGAAGCUGCGUGAGGAGCUAAGGGAGGAUCAUGAGGAUGACAAGCGGGCAGCCCUCACCCAGCUGGCCCAGAACAAGGAGCAGGAGCUGGGCAGUGCCCGCGAGAGCUGGCAGAGGAAGGUGGAGGACCUACUGGAGCAGGUAAGAGACAGUCCACCCUCACCCUGCUGCACCACACUACAGCUGGGUACUGUUAUAUAGAGGUCUUCUCGGGUCCAAAAAGUUGGACCCAUUCCGAAAUGGACCCGGAGCUUUCCUACCCGGACCCAAACGAAUAAAUUAAUUUUAAAAAUAUGGAGACCCGGUCCUAAUGGACCAGAGGGCAAUCGGACCUGGCCCCAUAUAGAGUCUUUUCGGGUCCAGACCCGGCCUGAUCCGGUCCGAGUGAGGGAAGCAGCAGAAAAUAUACAUUUUUCACUACGUUAUUAACUGAAGCUGUUAAUGCACGCACUGAGGGAGGGAGAGGAAUGAAGGAGCUAGCAGCAGGCGGGGGAGGGGCCGGGCAGUGUGUGUAUAUGUGGCUGAAUGGCACAAGGAGGAGCGAGAGAGAGACCGCAGCAACCAAGCCGACUCGCACUAGUUACUAACUUUUAGCUACCAAAGCUAGGUUAUUUAUCAACCAAUCUGAUUACAUACCACCUGUUUUGACUGCAUCAAACCAAGAAGAGUAGCUAGCUAGUUAAGCUAGCUAGCUGGGUUGGCUAAUUGAGGCUACAUAGGCUGCACUUUCCCCCGUCCUACACAAUUACAACAAUAACAACAACCCUAUUCAAAGUAUUAAGUAGCAGCCUACUAGUUGCCUCUUGGUCAUUGUAGCCUAUCAAUCAAUCAAUCAAAUGUAUUUAUAAAGCCAUUUUUACAUCAGCAGAUGUCACAAAGUGCUAUACAGAAACCCAGCUUAAAACCCCAAACAGCAAGCAAUGCAGAUGUAGAAGCACGGUGGCAAGGAAAAACUCCCUAGAAAGGCAGGAAACUAGGAAGAAACCUAGAGAGGAACCAGGCUCUGAGUGGUGGCCAGUCCUCUUCUGGUUGUGCCGGGUGAAGAUUAUAAGAGUACAUGGCCAUUAAGGCAAGAUUGUUCUUCAAGAUGUUCAGUCGUUCAUAGAUGACCAGCAGGGUCAAAUAAUAAUCACAGUGGUUGUAGAGGGUGCAACAGGACAGUACCUCAGGAGUAAAUGUCAGUUGGCUUUUCAUAGCCGAGCAUUCAGAGGUCGAGACAGCAGGUGUGGUAGAGAGAGCGAUUUGGAAACAGCAGGUCUGGGACAAGGUAGCACGUCCGGUGAAACAGGUCAGGGUUCCAUAGCCGCAGGCAGAACAGUUGAAACUGGAGCUGCAGCACGACCAGGUGGACUGGGGGCAGCCAGGAGUCAUCAGGCCAGGUAGUCCUGAGGCAUGGUCCUAGGGCUCAGGUCCUCCGGGAGGGGAGGGAGAGAGAGAGAAUUAGAGGGAGCAUACUUAAAUUCACACAGGACACCAGAUAAGACAGGAUAAUUACACCAGAUAUAAUAGACUGACCCUAGCCCCCCGGUACAUAGACUAUUACAGCAUAGAUACUGGAGGCUGAGACAGGGGUGGGUCUGGGGACAUUGUGGCCCCGUCCGACGAUACCCCCGGACAGGACCAACCAGGCAGGAUAUAACCCCACCCACUUUGCCAAAGCACAGCCCCCACACCACUAGAGGGAUAUCAACAGACCACCAACUUACUACCCUGAGACAAGGCUGAGUAUAGCCCACGAAGAUCUCCUCCACCGCAUGAGCCCAAGGGGGCGCAAAGCCUAUCCUUCACGUUUAACUUUUAAUUCCAUCAUUUUAGUUCCAUCUUCCAUUGAUCUCCUAACUUGCUUGCCAGAGGCUAGUGCCGCUUUGAUGACUUGUGAUUCACCGACAACAACAACAAGCUACACACGCCAAUCUCGUGAAAAGCCUGAGCAGCAGCAUACAAUUCUCUCUCUCUCUACUGCAGCAGUCGUGUUCGGGUCUAUAAUUAUAAUUACACAUACCCGAGACCCGUGACAAUCAAAUCCGAUCCGACCUGGAUCGGAGGGUCAACUACAGAAUUCUGGAUCCGACCCAGUUGGAACACGAGUUGGAUCCCGGGUAAUCGGGUUCGGUGGACCUGUGAAAACCUUUACUGUGAUAUACACAGCAUACUCUGCCCCAUGUCAACAUUAUGACUGGGUUCAAGGAUAAAUGGAGAGUAAUAAGCCUAUAUCAAUGGAGAGUAAGAAGCCUAUAUCAGACUAAAAUUGAGCUUUUUGGCCAUCAAGGAAAACGCUAUGUCUGACGCAAACCCAACACCUCUCAUCACCCCGAGAACACCAUCCCCAAAGUGAAGCAUGGUGGUUCAGCAUCAUGCUAUGGAGAUGUUUUUGAUCGACAGGGACUGGGAAACUAGUCAGAAUUCAAGGAAUGAUGGAUGGCGCAAAAUACAGGGAAGUUCUUGAGGGAAACCUGUUUCAGUCUUCCAGAGAUUUGAGACUGGGAUGGAGGUUCACCUUCCAGCAGGACAAUGACCCUAAGCAUACUGCUAAAGCAACACUUGAGUGGUUUAAGGGGAAACAUUGAAAUGUCUGUGGUAUGACUUAAAGAUUGCUGUACACCAGCGGAACCCAUCCAACUUGAAGGAGCUGGAGCAGUUUUGCCUUGAAGAAUGGGCAAACCUCCCAGUGGCUAGAUGUGCCAAGCUUAUAGAGACAUACCCCAAGAGACUUGCAGCUGUAAUUGCUGCAAAAGGUGGCUCUACAAAGUAUUGACUUUGGGGGGGGUGAAUAGUUAUGCACGCUCAAGUUUUCUGUUUUUAUGUCUUAUUUCUUCUUAUUAUUUUGCAUCUUCAAAGAACUAGGCAUGUUGUGUAAAUCAAAUUAUACAAACCCCCCAAAAAAUCCAUUUUUUAAAUCCAGGUUGUAAGGCAACAAAAUAGGAAAAAUGCCAAGGGGGGUGAAUACUUUCGCAAGCCACUGUAUGUCAUACAAUAUUAAAUCAUCCACUUCCAAAUGUCCAUGAAUAGGUGAGAGGAGAGUGCUCAGGGCCUCGCCGUACACAUACAGAUACAAGCCAUGACAUUGAAAGACUGCUGAGAAGCCUAUUCUGUUAUCUUAGCUGUAACUCCCACUGCAGCUGUAGCUAGCACUGUCACUCACACAAAUUGUAUGAAGAUAAAACAUGGUGAAUUUAUCUAUUCAAAUUACGACAUUUUAAAUCUUCCCAAACUGGCACUGGUAGCCCUGUGAAGGGGACUGAAUGGGCCAAUCAAAUCUAAUUAAAAACGAAAACUUUUAAAGCACUUGUACAUGCUAAUUGCAUUAACAUUCAGGGCAUUUCACAGAUAAUAAUUAGGUUUGACAGUAGAAAGUAAUUUCAUAUAUUUUUAGAGACUAAACUGAGAUAUCACCAUAUUUCACGUUGUCUUGUCCUCUGUUCAGACAUUGAAAUAGGCAGUGCUGCUCAUAUUUUCCUGUUGUUUUCAAUCAUGUAGAGAAAAAGGGGUCUCCUCUGUCCUCACCAACUUGGCUAUCCCUCAACCACUCCCUGAUAAAGAGCUACCCUAACCUGGCCGCCUUCCCCUCUCUGCCCCUUUUAUAAUUUUUGUUGCCUUUAUUUUGACAUUGUUGACUCCUGAAUGUUUCCCUGUGUUCCUGUGUAAUUUGUUCACACCCAAAGCGCCACUCAGCACUGUGAAGCUUUACAUAAGUCAAUCAGUAAUGUAAGCAUGAAACACACCGAGAAUCUUACUGCCUAUGACUGCCGAUAGGUACUUGUCACAGUGGGAGGCCGAUCCUUCUCUUGCUAGACCAAAAGCGGUAGCUGCUGCGUGCCGACGCGGUUGCGACGAACCUACCGAUUCUACUUGUACAAUCGCUAUGCUCGUCAGUGGCCAACAACUUGACAUUGAGCCAAUCAGAGAGCACGACUCCCACGUGGGGGAGCCAACAAAAAAAGGAACAAAUUAGGGCAUUUCCUCCGUACAUCUACGGAUGAGCCAGUCACACUUCAUAUGCAAUGUAGGCUAUGGAAUGGUAACUAGCUAAGUGCACAGACGCAAUGCACACAACACUAAACACAUCCUCCAAGAUAGCUAACCACUGUAGCUAGUAUUGACAUUAUAAGGAAAUCACAAUGGAUUAGCUAGUUUCCAUGAAACAGCUGCCUGGGUUAGUGCAGUGUCCUUAGCUAGCUAGCUAGCUACGUUGUCCUAGUUAGCGAAUAUGCUAAAGUUAGCUAGCUAGCUAAACAUUUGGCUAUGGGUUGGCACUGGCAGAAUGGGAUUAUGGGGAGUGAAUUAAAUAGUUUCUACGUCAUCUUGCUAGGUAGUUAUCAAGCUGUGGCCAUUUGGCUAGUAUCAACAAGGGCUUUCUACAAAAUAGCAACAUUAACGCAAAUAGCAUUAACACAGAUAUGCAUUGCCAAACAACGCUACUGCCACCUUCUGGUUUGGAGUAUUUUAACAAGGCUGAGUGGCUGACUACUUCCAAGGUCUUUGCUGUGUGAACACAAAAUAGAUUGACUGCCGACACUCUGUUCAGAGGUGUUAAGUACUGUCGGCAGGCAAACGUUUGACAAUCCUACCGGCGUGUCUAAGCUUUUAGUCUAAAGUCCACUUACACACCUGCUCCACUUUGCGCUCUUUAUUUCCCCCUCAGUAUACUGUGUUUACAGACAAAUACCAGUAUAUUCAACUGGUGUGAGUGGCUAGCAUGAUGGCGUUGUGUGGACUUGCCCUGGCUUGCACUAACGAUGCUGGUUUCACAGCAUCCAUUUUCCUUUUGCUACAGUGUGCUGUACGCAGGUGAGUGUUUCUUGUGGGGGACACUUGCAGUGUUGAAUGUGCCAACGUGUGUGUGGUUUCUCUCUUCACUCGUCUCUAUGCAUAGAAAGUUGUUGUAGAACCACUGUGACUGGUUGCUACUGCAGUAAACCAACGUCAUCCAGUUCCCAGGCAACACGCAUGAAACUCUAAUUACCUAAAUCUGCCUUCUUCUGAACAUUGAUAUUAUCUUUAUGCUCUGUAACUGACUCUUGGUACGCUUCACACUGGAGUGUUUUCCUCUUCCUGACUCUGUGAAAGGUGUAUAUUUCUGUUCUUUUGAUGAGACAGAAUUACAGCCUCUCUGAGUGGCGUGUGAUUUACUGUACCUCCUGCUCUCUCUGCUGUGCCAUAAUAACCACAUCUGAGUCUCCUCUGAGUUAGGAACGAUGUUUGUUUGCGCUCAGGUCCCAAUGGAAGGCAUUCAGCAGCCUCUUAUCCCUCUUCACGGUUAGUGCAAUUUUGAUAGCAGUCACACAUUUUGCAGCAGAUGAAUCUGAUAAUAAGUCUGGCACACCACUGAGUGAGCAUUACAGCUGUCCAGAUCCUGUGUGUCGCCUCUUGUUCUCUCCAAGGCAGUGUAGGUAUUGAUUCUAUGGGAGGUGUGAAUGUCUUCUGUCAAUGGCCCCACUUUAGUGUCAGCAGCACUGCAGUCUGUCUGCCACAUGUCCACAGUAUCACUGUGUCAUUUUUCCUCCCAGUGCCAAACUAAUACUCUCCCUGCAUUAUAACAUUGAUAAUGCUCUGUGCACUCCAUACUGUUUGUUGUCCACAUUUUAUAUUACGCAGAUGCUGGAAAAAUCUAUGCAUGUGGGGGGAAGGAGGGCAUUCUGACUCUGAGCUCCUACUUAAAGGUGUAGCUCCAGAUGCUUCCUUCCAGCUAGCAGCAGAGUCAGGGUGACUUAUGGAGGUGUCACCACCAUGGAUCUUUUCCUCCCACACAUUCCUCCUCUCCUGCUCUGGGCCCGGUCGAUCUCAUUAUUCACAGUAAUAAUACCCAGUAGUAAUAGGCUGUAACUCCUAAUGAGGCCUGGCUGAUUAAUGUGGCGUGACUGAGCUCUCAUGUUGAUCACACACUGAGCUGUUGAUCACACGUAAACAACAGUACAUGUAAGGUGCUGCCAAAGUUUGCAAAGCAUAAAGCAGCCAAAGUUGCUGCAGGCCUACCCUAUUGAAAUAAGGAUUAUGAGGGUAUAAUUGGUUUAAAAAUGACUUUUUGUUGCACCCUCCAACAAAAAAUUAAUGUUGUGUUUCUUCAGGUCAUAACUAGCUAGUGGGAAAAAUUGAUAUCUGUUUUUGUUGUUAACGAAGUAGGCCUAGGUUAGUGAAUGAAAUAUACAGACAAACAGGUCUCUCACACCUGUAAAAUAGGAGCUAAUGACACUAUGUGCAAUCUGAUCCAAUCGGUUCUCCUCUCUACCCCCUCUCUCUCUCCCUUUCCCUUCAACUCCUCCCUUUCGUCAGAUCUCGUUGCUGAAGCAGAGUCUGGAGAUGCAGCUGUCUCAGUCGCAGAGCUCCCUGCAGCAGCUGCAUUCCCAGUUCAGCCAGGAGCGGGAGCACCUGAGCCAGCAGCUCCAAGAGCUGCAGCUGGAGUACCAGCGCAGGGAACACAGCCUGCAGGAGGCCCACUGCUGCGCCAUGCAGGACCUGGAGGAGACCCGCCAGCACGACCUCAAGGUGUGAUCAUUUAGAACUGUCUGUCUAGAACCUGUCUCAGAACAGAACUCUGUAACACCCAUCUGAUUACCACCCACAUCCCCCUCUGUCUACCGUCGAUCAUGUCAUUGCCCAUGACCCUUCACAUCCAGAGAACAAUUUCACAGUAGAAUAGUUGUGUUGCCAAUGAACUCAGAAAUACCAUCUGACUCUUUUAGCUGACAUACUGUAUAUUCUCAUUGACAUGAACAUUGGAAAGAGACUCUGCUCCAGAGGGUACUGCCCUACACUCUACCCUUUAUCUAGCUCUGUCAGCUUACAAGUGGUUAGAGUCACUGCCAGUGUGAAAGCUCCCUAAUAGUGACUUUAGAGCACUAGAUUAGAUAUUUGAGGCAUGAUGGGCCAGAAUAGGCUCUGAUGUGUCAGUAAGACUGGAUAUCAGUCAGGUACAGAGAAUGAGGAGAGACAGUGGAGAUUUACUGGUGAAAUUGCUGGUGAUGUGGCCAGAUGGACUUUUGCAACAGUGAGUCCAUCAACAUUACCAGAGACGUGGAGCAGUUGACUUCUGAGCGGAUCAGUGAUUUGGACCUGACCCUGAUUUCAUUAUUGCUGUUUGGGACACACACUGACUGCUUUUCAAUUCUUUCACUUUAAAACGAAUAGGCUACGGAGCAGCAGCAGCAUAAUUUUUGAUGGAAUUACGAUGCAACACAGCUAAUAUUGUUCCAGGGCAUCUUUACAGCAGCUUAUGAGUAAUGUAGUGCAGUAAUGUAAUAAUAUGGGAAUGUCUGAGGAAUCUGACGAGGCAUCUGUGUAAUAGUAAUUCAGAUGGUGAUGAGUUUGCUGUCAGCACAGCCGGGGGCAAUAACUCUGAUCCAUAAACCAGUCUCAUCCAGGAGCCCCAGUGUUAGCAUUAGCUUCCUGCUCAGAUCCAUAUCUUUUUAAAUCAGCCCUUCUGCUCCUAAAGCUCUUUAUAGGACAUGAGAGUGAGUUGUGUAGCGAGAGGGGGCUAUAUCGAUCAGCGCGGGUCAUACAUUUAGUUGCAUGGGUUCAUGCUUGAAAGGCAGCCUGCCAGCCAGGCUCAUACAUGGGCAAACUGUGAAGGUCUAGUUCAGCAAGGUGAUGGGUUCCGUUCAUUUAUUCACUGGUGUUUAAUAAGUAAACGCACCCGGGCUGCUGGGUUCACUGUGGCACAAUCUCAGCUGGAGAAGGCUGCAUUUGUUCCUCACAAAAAUGAAACACUGAUAGCCAAAGAGCGUGUACCACUUUUUGGCACAACAGAUAUGCCCCCCUCUCCAUCUUUACAUAUAACAGACUUACUGACUAUACCCCAAAACACUGACAUCUCAAUACUAGUCCGGGCAUUUCAUAAUGAAGGUUGAAGUAUGAAUCAGAACCCAUUAAUCAAUCCAGACACACCCAGUACAUGAAAAUAUAGACUUCUGAAAAAUAUAAAGACAUUUACUUUUUCACUUAACACUGAACCUUUCCUUCCAAAGAAAACAGAAGCAAUUUGUUUUUCUGCACUUAACAUUCCAUUAUACAGUCAAGGUCAUUUUGAAAUACAUUCAACCUUACUCUGAGGCUUCUUUUGAUAUUCAAAAACCCUCGGAUUGAAUUUAUUUGAAGGGGUCAUGCAGAGUUGUGCAAAGCUGACACAAUGUCCCCAAGCAUUCUGUCUCACCUCUCCAGCCACAGAUUGGAUUAGAAGCAAAAGACCCAUGAGUCAUCGGUGAUUGAAUGGGCCGAAAAAGUAUUUCAUGUCUGCUAAUAAAAGAAUAUACCACCCCUAGGAACACAUUUAUCUCAAUAGCUGUUCGCUCUUGAAUACGGGCUAGGUUGACUCAAAGUUGUUCUAAAAUGUAUAAACCUUUGCAGGGGUAAAUGUAUUAAGGGUUUAUUUUGUUCUAGACAUGUUUUAUGAGGACAAAGGCAAACUGAAUUGUCUUGUUUGAGGCAUUAGGGACAAAUCCAGUUUCACCUUGCCUGCAGGGGGAACACAUAUCCUCUGAUAUGAUCUAUUUACAUGACAGGCACUGUUAUACAAGGCCAAUUAAAAAUGCUUACAAAUCUUCCGCACAUAUACUUUAACAUCCAAUCUAGGAGCUACUUUUUCACAGUGUCGCGAUUUCAACAAAUCACCUAGGUCGAGGUAUGAACACGUCAAAUACGGUGUCUCUUGUGGUUCUCUCAAGCUAUAGAUUAUGCGCCUUUCAAGCUUAUUUUUAUUUUUCAUUCGUGCACCGGUUUACAUAGUAUCAGCUGAAUGAAUAGGCACACAAUGAUAUAGGCUCUCUCCUGCUACAUGUGUUUCUAACAGCUAAUUCAUGAUUAUUGACUGACUGUAAUGGAGUUAAGAUUGACAAACUACCCGGUGUGUGCACACAGACUUAACAGACCCAGGGUUUUGGACCUGAAAAUGAACUAGCCUGGUCCCAUACCGUGUACUGUAGCCAGCUCCUCUUAUCAUUGUCAAGCUAUACAUGAACAAACACACAGAGGAGUUGGUUAAAGCACAAACACAAUGCACAGACCACCGGCUAACAGUUCACAUCUAGAUACUACACUACAUACUUUGGAUUUGAAAUGAUAGAAUGACUAUGAUGCUAAAGUGCAGACUGUCAGCUUUAAUUUGAGGGUAUUUCCAUCCAUUUCGGGUGAACCGUUUAGAAAUUACAGCACUUCUUGUACAUAGUCCGCCCAUUUUAGGGGACCAAAAGUAUUGGGACAAAUUCACUUACAGUGCUAUGAAAAAGUAUUUGCCCCCUUUCUAAUUUUCUCUAGUUUUGCAUAUUUGUGAUACUGAAUGUUAUCAGAUCUUCAACCAAAACCUAAUAUUAGACAAAGGGAACAUAAGUGAACAAAUAACACAACAAUUACAUAUUUAUUUCAUUUAUUUCAUAAACAAAGUUAUGCAACACCCAAUUCCCCUGUGUGAAAAAGUAAUUGCCCCCUUACACUCAAUAACUGGUUGUGCCACCUUUAGCUGCAAUGACUCCAACCAAAUGCUUCCUGUAGUUGUUGAUCAGUCUCUCACGUCGCUGUGGAGGAAUUUUGGCCCACUCUUCCAUGCAGAACUGCUUUAACUCAGUGACGUGUGGGUUUUCAAGCAUGAACUGCUCGUUUCAAGUCCUGCCACAACAUCUCAAUUGGGAUUAGGUCUGGACUUUGACUAGGCCAUUCCAAAACUUCCAAUGUGUUGCUUUUUAGCAAUUUUCAUGUAGACUUGAUUGUGUGUUUUGGAUCAUUGUCUUGCUGCAUGACCCAGCUGCGCUUCAGCUUCAGCUCACAGACGGAUGGUCUGACAUUCUCCUGUAGAAUUCUCUGAUACAGAGCAGAAUUCAUGGUUCCUUCUAUUAAGGCAAGUCGUCCAGGUCCUGAGGCAGCAAAGCAUCCCCAAACCAUCACACCACCACCACCAUGCUUGACCUUUGGUAUGAUGUUCUUACUGUGGAAUGCAGAGUUUGGUUUUCGCCAGGCAUUACUGGAACCAUCUCGUCCAAAAAGUUAUACUUUUGAAUCAUCUGUCCAUAGAACGUUCUUCCAAGAGUCUUGAUGAUCAUCCAGGUGCUUUUUGGCAAACUUGAGUCAACUUUUUGGACGAGAUGGGUCCCAUUAUGCCUGUGCUGCCUCAGGACCUGGACGACUUGCCUUAAUAGAAGGAACCAUGAAUUCUGCUCUGUAUCAGAGAAUUCUACAGGAGAAUGUCAGACCAUCCGUCUUUGAGCUGAAGCUGAAGCGCAGCUGGGUCAUGCAGCAAGACAAUGAUCCAAAACACACAAUCAAGUCUACAUGAAAUUGCUAAAAAGCAACAAAUUGGAAGUUUUGGAAUGGCCUAGUCAAAGUCCAGACCUAAUCCCAAUUGAGAUGUUGUGGCAGGACUUGAAACGAGCAGUUCAUGCUUGAAAACCCACACGUCACUGAUUUAAAGCAGUUCUGCAUGGAAGAGUGGGCCAAAAUUCCUCCACAGCGACAUGAGAGACUGAUCAACAACUACAGGAAGCAUUUGGUUGGAGUCAUUGCAGCUAAAGGUGGCACAAGCAGUUAUUGAGUGUAAGGGGGCAAUUACUUUUUCACACAGGGGAAUUGGGUGUUGCAUAACUUUGUUUAUGAAAUAAAUAUGUAAUUGUUGUGUUAUUUGAUGAGUGAGAAAGUUACAGACGCACACAUAUCAUACCCCCAAGACAUGCUAGCCUCCCCUGUUAUUGUAAUGGUGAGAGAUUAGCAUGUCUUGGGGGUAUGAUAUUUGUGUGUCUGUAACUGUCUCACUCAUCAUUAUUCAUAAUUCAUUCAGGAUUAUCCAUAAUCAUGGUAGCAUCCACAUUAAUGUAGAAGUGUUCUAUUUUAUUUACAAUAUAAGUGGCUCCAAAAUGACACAUGACGUUAUUUGCAAUUCAUUUCUAUUGGGCACAAAAUAAUCUGAAACGCAACCAAAACAAACAGCAAAUGCAUCCAACAAUUGUGUGGAGUCACAAGCUUGAUGUAGUCAUUGUGUGCUAGGAAUCAGGGACCAAAUACUAAACUUUUGACUACGUUAAUACACAUAUACACUACCGGUCAAAAGUUUUAGAACACCUACUCAUUCAAGGGUUUUUCUUUAUUUUUACUAUUUUCUACAUUGUAGAAUAAUAGUGAAGACAUCAAAACUAUGAAAUAACACAUAUGGAAUCAUGUAGUAACACAAAAAGUGUUAAACAAAUAAAAUAAAUUUUGAUAUUUGAGAUUCUUCAAAUAGCCACCCCUUGCCUUGAUGACAGAUUUGCAUACUCUUGGCAUUCUCUCAACCAGCUUCACCUGGAUGCUUUUCCAACAGUCUUGAAGGAGUUCCCACAUAUGCUGAGGACUUGUUGGCUGCUUUUCCUUCACUCUGCGGUCCGACUCAUCCCAAACCAUCUCAAUUUGGUUGAGGUCGGGGGAUUGUGGUGGCCAGGUCAUCUGAUGCAGCACUCCAUCACUCUCCUUCUUGAUAAAAUAGCCCUUACGCAGCCUGGAGGUGUGUUGGGUCAUUGUCCUGUUGAAAAACAAAUGAUAGUCCCACUAAGCCCAAACCAGAUGGGAUGGCGUAUCGCUGCAGAAUGCUGUGGUAGCCAUGCUGGUUAAGUGUGCCAUGAAUUCUAAAUAAAUCACAGACAAUGUCACCAGCAAAGCACCCCCACACAAUAACACCUCCUCCUACAUGCUUUACGGUGGGAAAUUUCCACCGGUCUAAUGUCCAUUGCUCGUGUUUGUUGGCCCAAGCAAGUCUCUUCUUAUUAUUGGUGUCCUUUAGUAGUGGUUUCUUUGCAGCAAAUCGACCAUGAAGGCCUGAUUCACACAGUCUCCUCUGAACAGUUGAUGUUGAGAUGUGUCUAUUUACUUUAUUUGUGCUGCAAUUUCUGAGGCUGGUAACUCUAAUGAACUUAUCCUCUGCAGCAGAGGUAACUCUGGGUCUUCCAUUCCUGUGGCGGUCCUCAUGAGAACCAGUUUCAUCAUGGCGCUUGAUGGUUUUUGCGAAGAAACGUUCAAAGUUCUUGAAAUGUUCCGUAUUGACUGACCUUCAUGUCUUAAGUAAUGAUGGAUUGUAAUUUCUCUUUGCUUAUUUGAGCUGUUCUUGCCAUAAUAUGGACUUGGUCUUUUACCAAAUAGGGCUAUCUUCUGUAUACCCCCCCUACCUUGUCACAACACAACUGAUUGGCUCAAACGCAUUAAGAAGGAAAGAAAUUCCACAAAUUAACUUUUAAGAAGGCACAUCUGUUAAUUGAAAUGCAUUCCAGGUGACUACCUCAUGAAGCUGGUUGAGAGAAUGCCAAGUGUGUGCAAAGCUGUCAUCAAGGCAAAGGGUGGCUAUUUGAAGAAUCUCAAAUAAAAAAUAUAUAUUUUGAUUUGUUUAACACUUUUUUGGGUACUACACCAUUCCAUAUGUGUUAUUUCAUAGUUUUGAUGUCUUCACUAUUAUUCUACAAUGUAGAAAAUAGUAAAAAUGAAGAAAAACCCUUGAAUGAGUAGGUGUUCUAAAACGUUUGACCGUUAGUGUAAGUGAAUUUGUCCCAAUACUUUUGAUCCCCUAAAAUGGAGGGAUGAUGUACAAAAAGUGUUGUAAUUUCUAAACGGUUUCACCCGAUAUGGAUGAAAAUAGCCUCAAAUUAAAAGCUGACAGUCUGCACUUUAACUUCAUAGUCAUUGUAUCAUUUCAGUACAGAGCCAAAACAACAACAAAAUGUGUCACAGACCCCUUAGAUUUCUUUACAAAGUGGGGUUAAAAUUGAUUUAAUUGUCAUUUUUUGGUCAACAAUCUACACAAAAUACUCAAAUGUGAAAGUGAAAAAAUAAAAAAAAUAAAAAAAUAAAAGAUUCAUAACUAAUAUAUAGUCGUUGCAUAAAUAUUCAGCCCCUUAGUUUAGGCAAGCCUAAAUUAGUUUAGGACAAAAAUGUUGAUUAACAAAUCACAUAAUAAAUUACAUGGAAAUAAUAGGGGUUGACAUGAUUUUUGAAUAACUAACCCUUCUUCUGUCCUCCAUACAUACAACAUCUAUAAGCCUCUCUGUCAAGUGUUGAAUUACAAGCACAGAUUCAACUACAAAGACCAGUGAGCUUUUCCGAAAGCCUCAUAAAAAGGGCAAUGAUUGGUAGAUGGGUAACAAUAACAAAUCAGACAUUGAAUAUCUCUUUAAGAAUUGUGCUGUGGAUUAUGUAUUAAACCACCCAGACACAUCAAAGAUACAGUCGUCCUUCUGAACAGAGGACAGGGAGAAAAAUGCUGAAGUAUGUUACCAUAAGGCCAUUGGUGAUUUUAAAACAGCUACAGAGUUCAAUGUCUGUGAUGGGAGAAAACUGAGGAUGGAUCGACAACAUUGUAGUGACUCCAGAAUAAUGACCUAAAUGACAGAGUGAAAAGAAGAAUACAAAUAUACAGAAUAAAACUAUUCCAAAACAUGCAUACGUAUGCAACAAGACACUAAAGUAAUACUACAAAAAAAAACACCAAAGGAAUAAACUUUUUGGCCUAAAUGAAAAGCCACUGAGUAAGUACCUCCUUAUUUUCAAGUAUGGUGGUGGCUGCAUCGUGGUAUGGGUAUGCUUGAUGGCCAAUACUGGGGAGUUUCUUAGGAUAAAAAGAAACGGGAUGGAGCUAAGUACAGGCAAAAUCCUAGAGGAAAACCUGCUUCAGUCUGCUUUACACCAGAGACUUUCAGCAGGACAAUAACCUAUAACACAAUGCCAAAUCUAGACUGGAGUUGCUUACCAAGAAGAUAGUGAAUGGUCCUGAGUGGCCAAGUUACAGUGGUGACUUAAAUCUGCUUGAAAAUCUAUGGUAAGACUUGAUAAUUACAGUCUAGCCAUGAUCCCCAACACCUUUACAGAGCUUGAAGAAUUAUGAAAAGAAUAAUGGGCAAAUAUUGCAGAAUCCAGGUGUGCAAAGCUCUUAUAGACUUACCCAAGAAGACACAGCUGUAAUCAAUGCCAAAGGUGAUUCUAACAUGUAUUGACUCAGGGAGUCGAAUACUUAUGCAACGACUAUAUUUUAGUUAUUACAUUUUUAUAAUCUUAAAAAGUGUUCAAAUUUUUCUUCCACUUUGACAUUACAGAGUAUUAGUGUAGAUUGUUGAAGAAAAAAUCACAAUUAAAUAAAUGUUAAUCCCACUUUGUAACACAAAAAUAUUUGAACAAAUCCAAGGGGUCUGAAUUAUUUUGCAAGGUACUGUAUACACACACACACACACACACACACACACACACACACCCUUCACACUGCUGGGGCUCAACCACUAACUGUUGUACAGCAUUCAACAACCAGAAUCAUUUCUAAGAACAUCAUGCCUCCACUGAUUUAUUCCUGUUUACUCUUUAAUAGGUUUGGGCGGUAUCCAGAUUUUCAAAUCAUCAUACCGCUUCUGUACCAUACCGGGGUAUACGGUAUUACUGGACGUGCACACAAGAGGCACUAUUUCCACAUAAAAAAAAGCAAACAGGGAUCUUGAUCCAGGAGGGGAUUGAAUGUCUCAGCUGUAACCAAGAAGCUUGACCUUGACAUCUAGCCACUGAGCUAGCAAGUUAGCAAACCAGAUGCAUUAUUAUUGGUAUUAUUAUUAUACCAUCUUUUUAAAAUAUACGGUAUUGAAAAUCAUACCGUCGGUAUAUGGUACAAACGGUAUAUCGCCCAAGUCUACUCUUUAAGGCCUAUUUGAUUUGGUCUUAUACAAGUCAUAUGUUGAUUGAAAUGCACUGUUAUCUUUCUAUUUCCAUCUUAAUCUUAAUCUUGUUUGAUCCCUAUCAAUCUGGUGUUGUGUCCUCUGUGUAACAACUAUUGGAUGUUCCCAUUCAGCUAUUUCCUUUGCCAGUUGGACAAGUCUGUGUUUGUAGUUAGAUUUAGCCGUUAUCACUCAGUCUCUCUCUGUCUCAGUCUCUCUCUGUCUCAGUCUCUCUCUGUCUCAGUCUCUCUCUGUCUCAGUCUCAGUCUGUCUCAGUCUCUGUCGCUCUCUCUUGCUCUCUUGCUCUCGCAACUCUCUCCUUUCUCUCUCUCUCUUUCGCUCUCUGUCUCUCUCUUUAUCUACUCUCAAGAGAUUGGAGUGUUAUAUGAGAGGUGUUUUCAUGAGGUUUUGACUGUAUCCUCGCCAUGUUAACGGCUCUAUCUUCUCAAUUGGGUUUAGAGUGGUGUAAUGUGUGCUGUUCGCCUCUGUUGCUGGAAAACAUAGGGCAGCCUUCCAAUAGCCGCAUCAAGCUGCUGAUGAUAUGCUUAAGUGCUCAUUGAUUGUAAUAUAAUUCCAGCGUGAUCAGCAAUAUUGUCUAUAAUAUGUAUUUUGGCUCCAUGCAAGGUUUUCCCCUUUCACCCUCCCUGGUGCCAUGCCACUGCCUGAGUAACUCCCAGUCCUUAUGUUACUGAACUACACUAAGUCCCACAGCAAUAUACUGGUUAAGUUAAAUUGAUGCUGUUGCCAGAUUCUCCCAAUCUGAUCAGUGUCUCUUUCUCUUGACCAUCUGAACUCUUCGUAUAUGUUUCAGACCAUCCCUUCUAGGGAUGAACAUAAUGGUUAUUUUUUCAACUGGUUAACCAGCAUCAUCAACCAGGUGAAAACCGGUUAUACGUGCCAAAAGGUUCUAGAAAAUAAUUGAUAUGUCAUUUGUUUGUCCUAACCUGUGUGUCACUCCUGACCUUUGACCUCUGUGUGUAGGAACUGGAGCAGCGUCUGCGGCAGCAGCACCACAUAGAGCUCCAGUCUCUGAGAGAGGCCCACAGACACAGCAUAGAGACCCUCAAACAACAGUCAGAGCAGGAGCUGCAGACACUACGCUUCGAGCUGGAGGACGAGGGCAAGGCCAUGCUGGGUAAGAGCCAUGCUGGGUUAGGGCCUGAUGGGGAAUGGUCACAGGGUCUCACACUGGGUUAAGGGCCCUGGCAGGGAGGGAGACACACCGGGUUAGUGCCCAAAUAACGAGGGCCAUGCUGGGUAAGACAAGGAUAGUGCACUUUUUUUACAUACUGAGUAAGGACCUUCAGAGAGAAUGUUCAUACUGUAUGUAGUAAUAGGGGACCAUACUAGGUAAAUGCUACACUUGUAGCCCUCAUAAACUAAACCACCCAGUGCAGCUUAACACCCCGGCCAUCCUAGAAUCCAAACUAGAUGCCCUCAAUCUCACACAAAUGAUCAAGGAACCUACCAGGUACAACCCUAAAUCCAUAAACAUGGGCACCCUCAUAGAUAUCAUCCUGACUAACUUAACCUCUAAAUACACCUCCGCUGUCUUCAAACAGGAUCUCAGCGAUCACUGCCUUAUUGCCUGCGUCCGUAACGGGUCCGCGGUCAAACGACCACCCCUCAUCACUGUCAAACGCUCCCUAAAACACUUUAGCGAGCAGGCCUUCCUAAUUGACCUGGAUAUCGAUCUCAUUCCGUCAGUAGAGGAUGCCUGAUUGUUCUUUAAAAGUGCUUUCCUCUCAAUCUUAAAUAAGCAUGCCCCAUUCAAAAAAUUCAGAAAUAAGAACAGAUAUAGCCCCUGGUUCUCCUCAGACUUGACUGCCCUUGACCAGCACAAAAACAUCCUGUGGCGUACUGCAUUAGCCUCGAAUAGCCCCUGCGAUAUGCGACUUUUCAGGGAAGUUAGGAACCAAUAUACACAAGCAGUUAGGAAAGCAAAGACUAGCUUUUUCAAACAGAAAUGUGCAUCCUGUAGCACUAACUCCAAAAAGUUUUGGGACACUGUAAAGUCCAUGGAGAAUAAGAGCACCUCCUACCAGCUGCCCACUGCACUGAGGCUAGGAAACACUAUCACCACCGAUAAAUCUACAAUAAUCGAGAAUUUCAACAAGCAUUUUGCUACGGCUGGCCAUGCUUUCCACCUGGCUACCACUACCCUGGCCACCAGCUCUGCACCCUACGCUGCAACUUGCCCAUGCCCCGCCCCCCCCCCCCCCCCCCCCCCGCUUCUCCUUCACACAAAUUCAGACAGCUAAUGAUCUGAAAGAGCUGCAAAAUCUGGACCCCUACAAAUCAUCUGGGCUAGAUGAUCUGGACCCUUUCUUUCUAAAAUUAGCUGCCUAAAUUGUCGCAACCCCUAUUACUAGCCUGUUCAACCUCUCUUUCGUAAUGUCUGAGAUCCCCAGAGAUUGGAAAGCUGCCGUGGUCAUCCCCCUCUUCAAAGGAGGUGACGCUCUAGAUCCAAACUGUUACAGACCUAUACCAUCCUGCCCUGCCUUUCGAAAGUUUUUGAAAGCCAAGUUAACAAACAGAUCACCGACCAUUUCGAAUACCACCGUACCUUCUCCGCUAUGCAAUCCGGUUUCCGAGCUGGUCAUGGGUGCACCUCAGCCACGCUCAAGGUCCUAAACGAUAUUAUAACCGCGAUCGAUAAUAGACAGUACUGUGCAGCCGUCUUCAUCGACCUGGCCAAGGCUUUCGACUCUGUCAACCACCGCAUUCUUAUUGGCAGACUAAAUAGCCUUGGUUUCUUAGAUAGAGUUCAAUGUGUCAAAUCGGAGGGCCUGUUGUCUGGACCUAUGGCAGUCUCAAUGGGGGUGCCACAGGGUUCAAUUCUCGGGCCGUCUCUUUUCUCUGUGUAUAUCAAUGAUGUCGCUCUUGCUGCUGGUGACUCUCAGAUCCACCUCUACGCAGACGACACCAUUUUGUAUACAUCUGGCCCUUCAUUGGACACUGUGUUAACAAACCUCCAAACGAGCUUCAAUGCCAUACAACACUCCUUCUGUAGCCUCCAACUGCUCUUAAACACUAGUAAAACUAAAUGCAUGCUCUUCAAUCGAACGCUGCUGGCACCCGCCCACCCGACUAGAAUCACUACUCUCGGCGGGUCUGACCUAGAGUAUGUGGACAACUACAAAUACCUAGGUGUCUGGUUAGACUGUAAACUCUCCUUCCAGACUCACAUUAAGCAUCUCCAAUCCAAAGUUAAAUCUAGAAUCGGCUUCCUAUUUCGCUUCCUAUUUCCUCCUUCACUCAUGCUGCCAAACAUGCCCUCGUAAAACUGACUAUCCUACCGAUCCUUGACUUCGGCGAUGUCAUUUACAAAAUAGCCUCCAACACUCUACUCAGCAAAUUGGAUGUAGUCUAUCACAGUGCCAUCCGUUUUGUCACCAAAGCCCCAUAUACUACCCACCACUGUGACCUGUACGCUCUUGUUGGCUGGUCCUCACUACUUAUUCGUCGCCAAACCCACUGGCUCCAGGUCAUCUAUAAAUCACUGCUAGGCAAAUCCCCGCCUUAUCUUAGCUCAUUGGUCACCAUAGCAACACCCACCCGUAGUAUGCGCUCCAGCAGGUAUAUCUCACUGGUCAUCCCCAAAGCCAACACCUCCUUUGGCCGCCAUUCCUUCCAGUUCUCUGCUGCCAAUGACUGGAACGAACUGCAAAAAUCUCUGAAGCUGGAGACUCUUAUCUCCCUCACUAACUUUAAGCAUCAGUUGUCAGAGCACCUUACCGAUCACUGCACCUGUACACAGCCCAUCUGAAAUUAGCCCACCCAACUACCUCAUCCCCAUAUUGUUAUUUAUUUUGCUAAUUUGCACCCCAGUAUCUCUAUUUGCACAUCAUCUCUUGCACAUCUAUCAUUCCAGUGUUAAUACUAAAUUGUAAUUAUUUUGCACUAUGGCCUAACUUGCUACAUUUGCACACACUGUAUAUAUAUUUUCUGUUGUAUUUUUGACUUUAUGUUUUGUUUACCCCAUAUGUAACUCUGUGUUGUUGUUUUUAUCGCACUGCUUUGCUUUAUCUUGGCCAGGUCGCAGUUGUAAAUGAGAACUUGUUCUCAACUGGCUUACCUGGUUAAAUAAAGGUUAAAUAAAAAAUUUAUUAAAAAAACAGCCCCACACCCUCCCUGUAGGAAUCAAGAUCAACGCUGGAACAUUCCAUCAUAUAGCUUGUUAGAGGUAGAGGGAUGUACUGUAUGAUGAAUGUGUUUUAAUUAGCCAGGGGAGCUCCCUAAGGACCCUGUCUGUCUCUCUCUAUCUGGUUCCUAGCCUCUCUGCGCUCAGAGCUCAACCACCUCCACGCCUCGGCCAUAGAACAGCUACGGCAGACCCACCAGCAGGAGAAAGCUGCAGCCAAACUAGAGCUGGAGAAUGCACUGGAGAACAACCGGAUACAGGUCAGACUCACCGGGACCUACUGGCAUUCCACAUAUCACUUAGCUAACAGAGAUAAUGGUAACAAUAUGGAUGGGCCAGCAUUAGUUUGCAUUACAGUA